AUGGAGCCUGAAACAGAUUACUAUCAGAUUGGGGGCUUCCGAGCUCAUUCUGAAGAAUGGUUCCAGAUGUACGAUGACAAACCAACAAUAGAUGCUAUCAUGAAUUACGAAGGUCGCGAACUCAGGCCUGGAGGUACUGGCGCGCCCAUCGAGUUGGUCUUAGGAAUUCUACACAAUGGUGCUUCAUACGUCCUCAUGACAUCUCAUCAAAUGUGGGCAUUCGUCCGGAAGCACCGCUUGCGGCCUCCCAGAAGACCGUGGAAAGUGGACAAAUUCGCCUCGCUAUCCCCGAUUUAUUUUGCUACAAAGAAUGACCUUCAGGACAAGCUCAAGACCUACAAGGUGAAAUCCCAAAAGAACAAAAAGGAUAAGGAGGACAACAGCCCUGCCAACCGAGGUUUCAUUCAACUUGGGGAGAGGGGCGCUCCUGGUAAUCCCCGGGCAGACUUUGAGAACCAGAGAGUCUUGUAUCGGUUGUUUAUGAAAAGCGCCACUGCAGGAGCCCUUGGACUAAUCAAUCCACCCUGGGCUGACGCAGUCAGAGUGAUCUCAAUAGUCGUAAACACGUGGCACAAGGAUAGACGUCGUGAACGUUAUGACAGUCCCUUUAUCAUCGAUGUCGGAUGGACAGAUGUGAUGAUGCCGGAGCAUGUGGAAUCUGGACGAGUAACGGAAACUGUACACAUAAAGAUGAAAGGACUCGCACUGAAAAACGAGGAACAGAAUGCGCCCUUUGAGCAUGGAACCACCAACCAGGAGGGCACGGUGGAUAUUCUUUACUCGGAGAUGCGAAGACUCUUCACACAUGACGCCACCAAUGUUCCGCUUGUAGUGCUGGUCCACGAUGAGGAGAUGGUGCGCGGAGUGCUUGCACGUUCCGGAAUUGAUGUUGGGUCAUUUACCCCUGUCGCUGCGCUGUUCCAGCGUGGUCAACCUCAGGUAGCACGUCUCUUCGUAUCACCAGGGAUUAAUCUAAAUUACACAUGCAGAAACUAUUACACCGAAGGUCCUCCAGAUCACCUUCUCCGCGACGCUUGA